ACUGUUGAUCAAGGUUAGCACCUGGAAAGCAUAUAUGAUAUCAUGAUAUACAUAAGUUGCCUGGGCUGAGAAAUCACAUCCUCAGGUUGUCUGUAAGAGGAGGUGUGUAGAGGAAACAAUGGGGGACAUCCACCUACUCUCAACUUCUAUUUUUGUCUUGUUCGACUGAAGGUGUUGUCCACUUUCUACUGACACCUUAUAUGAAAUGCACGAUGUACAUUUUACAGAUUGGGAUAUUAUUGUGCUUUCUGAUCUCUUCAAAUGCAGUGGACCACUGCGAAAGGUGUGAAGGUGCUACGUUCACAGUCGAUGCUUCUCUGAAAUCUGAAGUCUUUCUGCCCUGUCACUUUAAAACAAACCCAAACACAACUAAUAAAACUGAGCGAGGGAGAUGGGGACACUCUUCAAAUUUCCUAACAAUCUCACAAGAUGGGAAUAUCGUCUUUGAUGAUCCUAGAGAUGGACGUGUGACUGUUUUCCCCAUCCAAGCUGCCAGAGGAAACUUCUCCAUCAUUAUUCAUGAUCUACAGAUUUCAGACUUUGGCACGUACUGUUGUGAGCUGAACAGGGAAUGUUGGAGCGUGAAGAUCAUACAAUCAGCCCUUCCUGAAAAACAUGAUUUAAACAACUGGAUAUUCUUUGCUGCCGGGGCUGGCUUGUUUUUUCUGAUUUUUAUUGCAUUCUACCUGUUUUCAAAAUUCUGUGAUAACCCUACACAAGAAACACAGAAUAACCAAAACGCCAGAGGUCGAAGGAGAGGAAAUUCAACUGUUUAUGAAAUCGAAGCACCGAAUCAAACUGGUGUGAACCAAAAUCCACAAAGAGCUUUCAGACCAGUUCCUGAGCCAACUACCAGUCAGCAGUCAGAUCCAAAACCAUACUAUGUCAACCAGGCAGAACUCUCCAUUCAAUGCAACGCUGGCCAAAAACGGAAAAAACAGAAACAUUUCCAGUUCAAAAAUCCAAUCUAUGGCGAUUAAAGUUGAUCAACAGAUUGUCACAACCCAAUCCAGUUCCACAGAAUGCAGAAUCCACAGAUUAAAGUCUGUGUAACAAAACUGUUCAUUACGAAUUGUUGAAAAUAUGUCAUUGAAUGGAAACUUUUUUUAUGGAAAAUCAUUAGUAGCCUAUUUGUUGUUGCAUCUCUCUCUCAAAAAAAUGCAUUUGUUCAGUGAAAUCUUGAAUAAAAAAAAUCACUGUU